CCAACUUGAAAUUAGACCACCGCCACCCACUGGCGACUGCCCCUCCCCCUCCAAAAACAAAACCCCGAUUCGACGGCUAAGAUUCAACACCAACCCCCAAAUCUAUCAACCAUUAGCUAACUAAUGGAAAUGAAUGUAGCCGAUAUUACGCAUUUGGGGGUCCUUCUUCAUUCUCCUAUAAAUUCUCCCCCUUCCCUUUUGAACUCACCGCCUCAUUCUUCUCUCUCUCUCCCUUGUCUAUAGUGUUCUUUAUACGAGAGCAGCAGAAGUAAUGGAGACCUUUCUAUUCACAUCUGAAUCAGUGAACGAGGGACACCCGGACAAGCUCUGCGAUCAGGUCUCCGACGCAAUUCUCGAUGCUUGUUUGGCUCAGGACCCUGACAGCAGGGUCGCUUGCGAAACUUGCACCAAGACCGACAUGGUCAUGGUUUUUGGAGAGAUCACUGCCGAGGCUACUGUAGAUUAUGAGAAGAUUGUUCGCGACACUUGCAGAUCUAUUGGAUUUACUUCUGAUGACGUCGGCCUUGACGCUGACAGUUGCAAGGUUCUCGUUAAUAUUGAGCAGCAGAGUCCUGAUAUUGCUCAGGGUGUCCACGGUCACCUCACUAAGCGUCCCGAGGAAAUUGGUGCUGGUGAUCAAGGUCAUAUGUUUGGUUAUGCGACUGACGAGACUCCUGAAUUGAUGCCUUUGAGCCAUGUUUUAGCUACCAAGCUUGGCGCCCGUCUCACUGAGGUUCGCAAGAAUGGAACUUGCCCCUGGUUGAGGCCUGAUGGCAAAACCCAAGUUACUGUUGAGUACUAUAAUGACCAUGGUGCUAUGGUUCCUGUACGAGUUCACACUGUCCUCAUCUCUACUCAGCAUGAUGAGACUGUCACAAAUGACGAGAUUGCUGCUGAUCUCAAGGAGCAUGUCAUCAAGCCUGUCAUUCCUGAAGAGUAUUUGGAUGAAAAGAGUAUCUUCCAUCUUAACCCAUCAGGACGUUUUGUCAUUGGCGGUCCUCAUGGUGAUGCUGGUCUCACUGGCCGUAAGAUCAUUAUUGACACCUAUGGUGGAUGGGGUGCCCAUGGAGGUGGUGCUUUCUCCGGGAAAGAUCCGACCAAGGUUGACAGGAGUGGAGCCUACAUUGUCAGGCAGGCUGCAAAGAGCAUUGUAGCUAAUGGGCUCGCUAGAAGGUGCAUUGUUCAGGUUUCUUAUGCCAUUGGCGUUCCUGAGCCUUUGUCUGUAUUUGUAGACACUUAUGGAACUGGAAAGAUUCCUGACAAAGAGAUUCUCAAGAUCGUAAAGGAGAACUUUGAUUUCAGGCCUGGUAUGAUUUCAAUCAACCUUGAUCUCAAGAGAGGUGGCAAUGGCAGGUUUUUGAAGACAGCUGCAUAUGGACACUUUGGCAGGGAUGAUCCAGAUUUCACUUGGGAGGUGGUCAAGCCCCUCAAGUGGGAAAAAACUGAAGCUUAAUUCUGAGGUCUCUUUGCCAGUUCCUGAUAUAUUAUACCUUACUCAUUUGCCGCUUCUCUAUUAUUAGAAUUUACCAAUCGAGUAUUAGGAUUUUUUUUUUUUCCCCUUUUGUGUUUGUUUGAGAGCAGUCAUUAGAACAAAUGAGAAAAGAUACCUUCUUUCUGCCUCUGAGCUAGAGGUAGUAAAGACAUGUAAAAGAGAAAGGAUUGGCAGCAGAGCUGCAACAUGUGAAAUGCCGUUUAAUACUUUGAUAUUAAAAGAAAUUGUUUUGUUUA